AUGAGUGUCUGGCGCAGACUCCAGAGGGUUGGGAAGAAAGCAGCGAAAUUUCAGAUCACAGCUUCCUUACACGAACUGAGCAUAGAAUGCUCGCGUCAAUACAGCCCUGGAAGUUUGAUUGUAGUUUGGUCUCGUCGCAGUCGCAGGUAUUCAACCAAGGCAUUUGAACCUACCAAAACAUCAGAUAACUCGAACUCAUUUAAAUAUGUAUGGUCAAUGCCAGAAAAUGUAGAAUUUGUCACAACUUUAUAUCGAGGUGAAAAAGCAAUCCAAUACGAAGAGAAAGAAUGGAUAUGUCAAAUUGAAGACGUCGGACCUAGAAGUACAGGUUUACUUUCUGGACCUGCAUCCUCAGCUAGACGACGUGUACUUGCUACAAGACAAAUUGAUCUGGCUGAAUUUGCUUCAAAUUUGCCUGUUCAAACCAAUCUCAAAGUAGUCAUGCGUCUCGCUUCGAAGAAGUUAACAUCUGCGAUCGUUCUACUUACUCUAAAUUCAGUUAUUGUAAAAGAAGGCGAUGCCACUGAUGAAGACAUGAUUUCCGUUGCAUCACUUAUGUCAUUAAGUCGUACUGGAAGUUUUAAUGUUGGCAGUUCAUCAACUAUUAAUGAUUUCGGUGGUGUAGCAGCAUUUUCACCAGUGGCAUCUAGAACUACUGGGAAGGAUGAUUUCAAUUCUUAUUCUUUUUCAAAUAGUAGUUUUCACACAGAUCUUAGUGAAUUAACGGCUAAACUACAAGCUUUGGAACGACGUCAAAUAGAUCUGCUUGAAGAAUCUCCUGUCAAACUAGAUGGAAAUUUUAUACAGGAUACUUCAGAUAUAAACAGUUCCAAAUCUGUAUCAAAUGAAUCACAAAAUCAUGAUUCAUCCCAAUCCGCUUUUGACAAUAUGUUGGGAAAUUCAGUUAAUGUUUCAUCUGAAAAAGCAGUUCCUAGUCCGGCUGAAGUGAAGCCUAUAUCGACUCAAAGUCGAUAUGAUUUACUUGUAUGGUGUCAACAGGUGACAAAAUCUUAUGAUAAUAUACAGAUUAUUGAUCUCACUACAUCCUUUCAAAAUGGUUUGGCUUUUUGCGCUAUCUUGCAUCACUUUUUCCCAGAUAAAAUUGAUUAUGUUUCAUUGUCUCCGGAUAAUGCUUCUCAAAAUUGCCGACUGGCUUUUGAUGUUGCCUCUAAACUGGGAAUACCACGGGUACUUGAUCCAAGUGAAGUGGUUUCGAAAAGUCGUCCUCCUGAUCUUCUCAGUAUGAUGACUUAUUUACAUCAAAUUCGUACAUUGUGCUGUGAACGAACAACCAACAACAAUGUGGGCUCUACAUGUUCAAAUGGUGAAUCAGUGUUCAGUGAAGUUAUUGAACAUUGUUUCGCCAAAGUUAGCAAACCGAUUCCCGUUGUGAAGAAUUCUGACUCAGCAGCGUCAUCGAUAUCGAAUCAUCAUCCUCAGCAAGUUGAUCAUUCAAUAGCGGAAAAACUGAAUGGUGCAGAAAAUAAUGUAAUCCACGAAAGUAAACCUAUUGCAUCAACACCUACUAAAAAAAGAAUUUCCUCAAUGAAUUAUGAACAUAUGUUAGCGAAAGCACGCAGUCUGCUACAACAGUCCCGUUCAAAUUAUUUAGCACCAACAAGUAGACCUGAUGCUUUGCCACCAUUAGCGCAACCGCGUAAAACGCAUCCUACAUCUGGUUCAUUGACAGCUAUUCAUUCAACAGAUGAACAAUCGUAUAGAAAUUCAAUUGCUGAAGGAGGUUUUAUGAAUGCAGCUGAUGGACAGAGUCACCGAUUAAAUGAUACAAAAUUAUCGACAAAAACGUCAUCAUUUGAUGGAUUGGUAGCUGUUUUAAUCAAGCCCUUAUCAACAGGCACAAUUUGUAUACCCAGCGUUGAUGCCUCGUUAAAUUCCAAUUCCAAAUCAUUUCGAUUUUCAACUAGUAAUAUCUUUCCAACAUUUACCACGCCACAGUCAACUAUCGAUACAAGUUCUCCGGAACAGAUGAAGGUAAGACGCUUACGCUUAUCACAAAUGAAUCUAUUCGCUUCUGGUCGAGGCAGUGGUGCACCAGUACCUAUUCGUAUUGGCGAACAUCGGUUAGACCGUAAAAUCAACAAUCAUCAUUGUGUUCCUGGUUUCAAUAAAAAUCACGGCUCUUCAGUCAACAAUACUACAGCGAAUACAGAUCUCUCUAUUUCAAACUAUAUUAAUAAUGAACAAGCUGAGCUUGAACAGGCUCAAAAAGAAUUAGACAAAGAAGCAGCUGUACUAGAACAAAGACUACGUCAACAAAUGGCACGUGAACCAGGCACAGCGUUAGAAGAAGAACUGUUAAGAAGAUGGUUUAUUUUAGUCAAUAAAAAGAAUGCUCUAAUCCGUCGUGGUAUUCAACUAAAUAUUAUGGAGAAAGAAGAUGAUUUAAAAAAGAAAAUGCAUAUGCUGCAGGACGAGUUACGAUCGAUUUUAUCAGUUGAAGAAUAUUUGAAAACGGACAGUGAUCGAAAACGAGAGGACCUACUUUUACGGGAUCUUGUACGACUGGUCAAUGAACGUGAUGAUAUGAUUCAGGAGCUGGACCUACAUGAAAAAGCACUGGCUGAAGAACUCGAGUUGGAACAGAAUACAAAUCUUUUGUCACCUGGAAGACGUCGAAUCGACAAAAGCUGUGUACUACAGUGA